GAGCCCCAUGACAGUUUUCAUAAGUCAAAAACGGUGUCUUCUACAAUACGCAAGACAGGUCCUGCAUUUACUGAAAGUUACCCUACUUCGUCAGUGCCCAAAAAAUUCUGAAGAAACUAAAAUGGCAAAUGGAGGUCCAAUAACAAAGCUUGGUGUGUCCACCACUAAGGAUGAUGAGGAAAUACUUGGAGCUCAAGGUUAUCAGCUCCUCAAUGCUGACCUCAAUGAAGGUACUGGUAAAAACCGGGUCUUCCUUUGGUACAAGAAAGAGUGUGGCUUGAGACCGGUGACCAGGAUCCAGUUUUCAUUCUCAAGUGAAAUGAAAGCUGGUCUGGUUAAUGCUGGGUAUGAGCUGGUCAACAAGGAUCUGAAUGCAGGAGUUGGUGGAGAUCACAUCUUUCUGUGGUACUUCUACGGCAGCACCGAAUAUGACCUUCCUAUUGUGAACAUCGAGGUAAGCAAAGAUGCCAAAGAAGAGCCUGCUCUUCUGCAAGAUGGCUGGGAGAGACUGGGCUGUGAUCUGAACCGUGGUGCAGGAGGAAACUAUAUCUACCUGUGGGUGAAGAGAGAGAAGCCGAGCUACAUCUGCGAGAUCACGGCAACUGCUGACUUCACAUCUGACAAGCAAAAGUUUGAUCUUGGCUUCACUCGUGUGGAUGAAGACACCAAUCGUGGUGCUGGUGGAAACCAUGUCUACCUUUGGUAUCGGCGCACAACUGAUAAAAGCAAAGCUCUCACUGCUCUUAAUGUGUCCACCGACUUCCAGGAGAAUGUAAGGCUUCAGAAUGAAGGCUUCAAAAAGGUCAGUGUUAAUCUGAAUGCCGGAACCACUGGAAACGAUGUCUACGCGUGGUACCUGAACGAAGGAUGUGAAUCGCAGAUCAAAGCCAUGGUUCUACUGAUCAACCCUAACGCCUGGCCGGUGUAUCAGAAAGCUGGUGUCAACUUUGUUGACAAAAAUCUCAACGAGGGCAACAAAGGCCAGAAAAUGUACAUAGCAUACCAAUAGUGCUGUAGCUUAAAUAAUCAAAUUGGUGCCACUAUAUGGCAACUAUAAGCAAUUAUUGAAAAUCAUAAAACAUGAUUUAAAAGCAUAUUGUCAUUGAGGCUUUUGUAAUACACUCAACCACACACACUUCAGUUGGCUUUUGUGAUUUUGUUAUAAUGCAUUAUGAAAUAAAGGCUUUUUUAACCACAACAAA